CCAAGAUGGCGGCCUUCAGGUUGUUGUUUUUGUGUCUUGCAAUAUCUUUAUCAGGUUUUUCUAACGUUUUAGGAGAAGAAAGAGUACCGUUAGAUAAUGUAUUUAAAAGAGGACAUACUAAUAACUGGGCUGUCUUGGUUUGUACUUCUCGAUUCUGGUUCAACUAUCGUCAUGUUGCUAAUGUGCUGUCAGUUUAUCGUAGUGUGAAGAGACUAGGUAUUCCUGACAGUCACAUUAUCCUGAUGACAGCUGAUGAUAUGGCUUGUAAUGCUAGAAACCCAAGACCAGGGACUGUUUUUAAUAAUGUCAAUCAACACAUCAAUCUCUAUGGCGACGACGUAGAAGUUGAUUAUAGAGGAUACGAUGUAACAGCUGAAAAUUUCAUUAGAAUAUUAACAGGACGUCUGCCUGAAAGUGUUCCAAGGUCCAAGAGAUUGCUGUCUGAUGAAAGAAGCAACAUACUCAUUUAUAUGACAGGUCAUGGUGGUGAUGGAUUCAUCAAAUUCCAAGAUGCAGAAGAAAUAACAAGUGUUGAGCUUGCAGAUGCAUUUGAACAAAUGUGGCAAAAAAGAAGGUACCAUGAACUGUUCCUUAUUGUGGACAGCUGUCAAGCACACUCAAUGACUUUGAAGAUCUACUCUCCAAAUGUCGUGGGUGUUGGUAGCAGUCUCGUCGGACAAGAUUCACUCUCACAUCAUGAUGACCCAGCCAUCGGCGUACACGUGAUUGACAGGUAUACCUAUUUUCUACUACAGUUCUUAGAGAGGAUCGGACCUGCUAGUAAAGCUACUGUAGGUGAAUUGUUUGAGUAUACGUCGCCAGACCGUGUUAUGUCAACUCCUGGGGUACGUACGGACCUCUUUGAGAGAGAUGUAGAUAAGACUCUUCUCACAGAUUUCUUUGGCAGCAUUCAUGAGGUGGAGAUUUCAAAUGUUUCCAGUGUCGAUCUAAAACAUGAAGUCAUUUGCAG